AUUUUUCGAAAUUUUGAUCAUCGAUUUGCAACGAUUUUAUUCAAGAAAAUAAAAAUGGUACAAAAUAAUCAUCGCCGUCGCAAUUUAUUGCAUAAUGAAACGAAUGUUAAUAAUAAAAAUAAACAACAGUCAAAUGAUGAUGACCAAUCUAUUAAUAACGAUAAAAAUAUUGGAAAACAAAAUAAUUCAAAACAGCAACAACAACAUAAAUCAAUGAACAGUAAUGUAUUCAGUGAUGAUAACCGUAAUAAUAAUAAUAAUAAUGUUAAUGGUAUAUUAUCAUGGCCAAUCUGGUUACGUAAAAUUAUGAUUUCAAUGUCGAUAAUGUUUAUUAUUUAUAUCUAUCAUUAUCAUAAAGAUAAUCAAUCAUUAUCAUUGAAAACAACAAUAACAAUGGCUUCAAGACAUGAUAAUUAUUUAGGAAGUCCGAUUGGAAAAUUUAUACAAUGUUCAACAAAUGAUUAUCAUGAUGAUCGAAUUAGAUUUAAACAAUGUACACCAAAUAAAUGUGGUCGUUUUGUUAGCGAUUCGAUUGUUAAUAAUAAUGAAGCAUUAGAAUUACGAUUAUUUGCACAAACCAUAUUCACAUUGAUUCGACCACAAGGUGGUGUUGCUAUUUUUGAUUUAGCUUCCGGUGCUCUUUCGAAUGGAACACAAUUUGUAAAUUUAUAUAAAUUGAUAAAACUUUCACCAAAUCUUCAACAGAUGAUCAAAUCAAAAACUUUUGAUACAUUUCAUAUUGUACGUAAAAAAUUAAUACAAACAAUUUCAUUGACAUUUGGUAUUGAAAGUAAUCAUCUUUAUCUAACUAGUCCAGUAUUUUUUACUCGUAUUGAUUCACGACUAGCAAAAACAUUAAAUGAUGAAUAUUGGCAUCCACAUGUUGAUAAAUUUACAUAUGAUAGUUUUCAUUAUACAUCAUUACUUUAUCUGUCAACAUAUGAUGAAGAAUUUUCUGGUGGUCGUUUUAUUUUUAUGGAUGAACAAAAAUUGGAUAAAAAAAUUUCGAAUACAACUAUUGAACCAAAAUUUGGUCGAGUUUCAUUUUUUACAUCCGGUUCAGAAAAUCAACAUAUGGUCGAAAUAGUUUCGAAUGGUGAAAGAUUUGCCUUAACCAUUCCAUUUACAUGUGAUCCAAAUAAACAGGCUAUUCUGCCAACAACAAUAUAGAUUUGUUGUAAAUUUUUUCAAAAAAAAAAAAAUAAAA